AUGGCCAAAGCAAGACCCCAGUCCAAACACUCCCGUGCUGCAAGACGGGCAGCUUCCCCGAGUCUCGAUGUCGACAAGUCCUUGACGUCCCUCCCUCGGGCUGAGAAAACUCCUGUGCAGCGGGAAUCAAUUCUUGCCGACCGUGCUAAUGCGGGCAUCUCUAAGAAACAGUCGAAACCCAAACCCAAAUCAAGAGUGCAGAAAUUAAGACAACAAAAGGGUAUUCAAAGGGCAGAGGCGGUUUUUGACCAGAUGGAAAACAAGGUGACCAAGAGCGCCAACCGCGCAAAAGCCGUAAAAUCUCGAAGGGCCGAUUGGGAGGAUCUUAAUCGUAAAACGGCCAAGUCUAUGUUCGCCGCCCUCAACGCUGCUGAAGAUAACGACGAUGAUGCUAUGGUCGACGAUUCGGGGGCCCCUGCCACAAGCAAACCAGCUUCGCGCCCAGUCCCUGUUGCACAAAAUCCCGUGGUGGACGAACCCGCAACGAUCGAUGAGGACGACGAAAUUACUUGAGUGUGAAUGAGGUGGUUCGGGAAUUGAGAUACGAAACUGGUCGCAUCCAACUAUUUCUUUGGCCGAAGCUGAUUGAUCAUCCGACCAAUCUCGACCGCGGAUGGGCCGGAGGUCUUCGAUUGAAGAUUUUCGAGAGUAUUGACAUCCUUGGCUUUGAAAGCUUCCUCUCCGGCUUUGACAAUCAUUCCGCAUUUCACCCACAUUUCAAUUCUGUCCUCCGCGGGGAGGUUGGUGCAUUUCGGGACGAAUACAGAAGCAAGCUUUGUGUUUCCAGCGCCUAAAAUCUCGUUAU